AUGAGCGUUCCAAAGACACAGAAGGCAGUGGUUUUCGAGACCAACGGCGGGGAGCUGGAGUACAAGGACAUCCCUGUGCCCAAGCCCGCAGCCAACGAGAUCUUGAUUAACGUCAAGUACUCGGGUGUGUGCCACACGGACCUGCACGCGUGGAAGGGCGACUGGCCGCUGGCCACGAAGCUGCCCCUGGUGGGCGGGCAUGAAGGUGCGGGCGUGGUGGUCGGGAUCGGCGAGAACGUCAAGGGCUGGAAGCUGGGCGACCUGGCCGGGAUCAAGUGGCUGAACGGGUCGUGCAUGGCGUGCGAGUCGUGCGAGCUGUCCAACGAGUCCAACUGCCCGCACGCGGACCUGUCCGGGUACACGCACGACGGGUCGUUCCAGCAGUACGCGACCGCGGACGCGGUGCAGGCGGCGCGGAUCCCCGAGGGCACGGACCUGGCGGAAGUGGCUCCCAUCCUGUGCGCGGGCAUCACCGUGUACAAGGCGCUGAAGUCCGCGAACUUGCGCGCCGGUAACUGGGUCGCGAUUUCGGGCGCCGCGGGCGGGCUCGGGUCGCUGGCCGUACAGUACGCCAAGGCCAUGGGCUACCGCGUGAUCGGUAUCGACGGCGGCGACGAGAAGGAGCAGCUAUUCAAGAAGCUGGGCGGCGAGUACUUCGUGGACUUCCGCAAGUCCAAGGACGUGGUCGCGGAGAUCCUCGAGGUCACGGGUGGCGGCGCCCACGGUGUGGUCAACGUCUCGGUCUCAGAGGCCGCCAUUGAGUCCUCCACCCACUACGUGCGCGCCAACGGCACCGUGGUGCUCGUUGGGCUGCCCGGCGGCGCCAAGUGUUGCUCCGACGUCUUCAACCACGUGGUCAAGUCCAUCUCCAUCGUGGGCUCCUACGUCGGCAGCAGGGCCGACACGCGCCAGGCGCUGGACUUUUUCGCGCGCGGCCUGGUCAAGUCGCCCAUCAAAAUCGUCGGUCUAUCCGAGCUGCCUGACGUCUUCGAGAAAAUGGAGAAGGGCCAGAUCGCCGGCAGAUACGUGGUCGACACAGCCAAGUAA